GCUCCGGGGCGUAACGGGGUUGCUCGGGGGCGAGCCGAGUCCUCGGAUGCCAUCUGCUGGCGGUCAGUGCAAGCAGGAGCCACUGGUGCCCCGCAAAGUGCAUAGCGCCGAAACGAAAGGACGGCAGGAAGGAAGGAAGGAAGGAAGGAAGGUUCGUGCCCGGGACGGAGGCCUCGAUCGGGCUUCCUCCUGGACAGUCUGGGAUCCAGGAGAGCGCGCAAGGGUGACGCACCGUCGGCGUGACGCGUUCGUCAUCGUGCGCGCGAGCGCGCGCGCGCGCGCGCGAGACCCGUCUUACCAACGAAAAACGUAACGUGCCUUCGCUCCGCGACGACGAGCCGCGAGCCCACCACCGCUUCCACCGUCGACGCGCACGACGACGUGCCACGACGCGACGCGACAACCACAAUCCUCGUUCCCGCUGUGCUGCUGCUACCCUGCUCGAGUGAGUCAGUUCGCAACCCCCGGCGUCAGCUCCGCCGGUGAUGACGCGAGGAUCGUCCAACGUUGUCGGGCACGAGACAGCGCGCUCCACGGCGCCAGGAGAUGGUUCUCGUUGAUCGUCCACGGAGGUAGCGCGUCCCGCGGACGUCCCGCAGGACAACGGGUUGGCGACGAUAUCCGGGGACGCGAUGACAAACGAGUGCUUCGCGAUGCGGCUGGUUCUUGGUACAGUGGUGAUCGAUUGGGGCUGCCAGUGAUCGACGAGGAUUGACGUGACGGCAACCCAUGACGGCGGAGAGGCACAGUCCUGACUGUCGUGGACGGGUCUCUCGAAACGCUCUUCCUAAGAAUCACCGCUACGAGUGUUUAAUCGCGCGCGAGGCCGCUGGUCGCUGACGAUAGAGAGAGAGAGAGAGAAAUAUCGACCGUAGUCGCCGAAUUAAGCGCCGAAGGUCGCGACGAACACCGUUUCGCCUGGCCGUUGUCCUUCGGAUCUCUCCGAUCCGAUCAUCGGCGUCGCUCAGUCGACGAUUCCCGCGAAGGACGAGCCGAUGACCGACGACAACAUGGCUCGGACACGGCUUCCCGAGCGAUACCCGUCGACCCGGCAAUCGCGCCAGCUCCUCGCGAAGCUCUUCGUCGAGACGAUGCCCGCUCUUCGCGCUUCCCACGGGAUCUCAAGCUACCCGUGAUCGCGGUGCAGGACGGUGUGCUCUUCAUGAAGAAAUAAGUUCGCGAAAGUGCGCGGAGAAGCUCGAACCGCCGCGGACAGACAGCGAUAGUCGGAAAAUAAUCGGGACUAAUCCGAUUUGCUGCGCGGCUUGUGAAUGAAAGUGGCGGGUGAAACGCUGUUCCCGCACGAUCAUCUUCCUCAAGUAUGCUCGCCAUAGAUCGCAACGGAUACCAAUCGCCAUCCCACGUGACGCGCCGCUUCGCCAAAGCGACCUCGUAUAGAAGCCGGGGAAUUCUUAAGGUCGCUCGUUACGGUCGUUGAUACGUCGGUCGGGUUCUCGCGCAACUCGGGAAAUCGUUGCGAACCCGUGGAAAACGGAUCGGUCGCGUUGUCGCUCAGUUGCUCGUCUCGCCGAUAGUAUACGCGCUUCCACAUCCGAGAGAUCGGUCGAACAGGUAGAACUCGCGCCGGGUCUAAGGACUUCGACCGCUACGCUCCCUCGCUCUUUCGAGGCUGCGCGUGAGGAAACGCGUGGUUGAAUCGAAGCGACCCUCUCCGAACGAGACCCACUGACCUAUCGACUCGGCAGGCUGCCACCCGAGACCGCCCCAACUACCCCUGUUCCACACUUUCCUCCUCGAUGUUUAUUGUCCUCGCUCCUGUCCGACCUGCAGCUCGCAGUUUCUCUCUCUGUUUCCGAAUGCGUCCGACAAUUACCCGCCUCGCUCGCGAGCGUGCAAACUCCGCCUUUCCUUGAACGUCCCGAAGAGGUUAAUCGCGAGAAAACCUCCAAUUGUGUACAACGAUACCGAACGAGAUCUUCCGAAUAUACCGUAUAAAAUCCGGCUUUUCUGCUCCUUCGUCUUGUUCCCUUUUCUUAUUCCGAAACUGACAAAUCGAAUCCCACGAGAGAGAGAGAGAGAGAAGCGAGAGUCACUCGGUCGCGCGCGCGUCUGCUCGAAAAAUUUCCCGGAGAAAUCGAUCGCGGCCGAAUAUGUCGGAAAUACCGGGACCGAAAUACCCCACGACAUUGGCACGAUUGCGAUGCCGACACGUCGCGAAAGCGUGGCGCACCGAUACGAGUCGUUAAUAAUCAACCCGGCGAGAUAGACACACCGAGAUAACUAAUCGAACGCGAGCGACAACGAAAGGUAAAGAAGAGAAACGAGAACAAGAGAUACAUACAUACAUACAUCGCGCGCUUCAAGAAGAGAGACGCGCUAAAGAGCUUUCCUCUUUAAUCGCACGGACGAUGAUGAUUAUGGCGCACACGGAAUGAAAAUCAGCCCGCAUUGAUAUAAACGUGAGCACGUACUUACGUACGAACGAGUGUACGUGGACGAGUAUAUAAUGGGAUAGAGAAAACCACGCGAGCGCUCGAGUAAUCUCGAAAUUGACUGUCCAACCAAUUCAUUCAUCGUCAUCUCGUCACUGGCCUCGACGUAACGCAACAACAACGACACUGUCCUCGGCGAUUACCACAUAGAAAUGCCAUAGUUCGUAUUAGAAUACCAUUGCCGAGAGCAAACACCCGCGCGAGAAAUGGCCGAGAGCGCGGCAAGUCCGGGUGCCGUGCACGUCGCUGCGAACAGUCCGCAGCAGCAGCAACAGCAGCAGCAACAACCACCACCACCGCAGCAGCAGUCACAGCAACAACAAGCGCAACAACCCCCGGAUAUAAGCAGCUCGCAGCUGACGUCGCCGCCAAUCACGGGAACAGCCCAGAUCGAGAUAAUCCCGUGCAAGGUGUGCGGGGACAAGAGCAGCGGCGUGCAUUACGGCGUGAUCACCUGCGAGGGCUGUAAGGGCUUCUUCAGGCGGUCACAGUCGUCGGUCGUCAACUAUCAAUGUCCGCGGAGCAAGAAUUGUGUGGUCGACCGUGUAAACAGAAACCGGUGCCAGUACUGUCGGUUGCAAAAGUGCCUACGCCUCGGAAUGUCAAGAGAUGCCGUUAAAUUCGGGCGCAUGUCGAAGAAGCAACGGGAGAAAGUCGAGGAUGAGGUCAGAUUCCACAGGGCGCAGCUGAGGGCGGCCUCGGAGACGGCGCCGGACAGCAGUGUGUACGAGCAUCAAACUCCAAGCAGUUCGGAUCAACACCACCCCUACAAUGGCGGCUACACGUACGGUGGUAGCGAGUACGCGUCGUCGGGCCCCGGCACCGGCGGUUAUACGAAUUACAAUCACCAGGCGAUGACGAAUUACGAGCUUAGCGCCGACUACGUCGACAGCACGACGACCUACGAUCCCAGGCCGACGCAGACGCAGGUCGCGGACACCGUCGCGCCCGACACACCCUCGGCCGUAACCGCGACCGGGGUGCUGCCCAGCGUGGUCACUACCGAUCCAGCACAGAUCAGCGAGCUUCUCUCGAAGACGAUAGCGGACGCGCACGCGAGGACGUGCCUGGUGUCAACGGAACAGAUCCAGGAGUCCUUCCGGAAGCCCCAAGACCUCUCCAGAUUGAUCUACUACAAGAACAUGGCGCACGAGCAGCUCUGGCUGGAAUGCGCCCAGAAGCUGACCACCGUCAUCCAGCAGAUCAUCGAGUUCGCCAAAAUGGUCCCCGGAUUCAUGAAGCUCUCGCAGGACGACCAGAUCGUUUUAUUAAAGGCCGGUUCCUUCGAGUUGGCUGUGCUACGAAUGAGCAGGUACCUAGAUCUCCAGCAGAACUUCGUCCUGUACGGCGACGCCCUGCUGCCGCAGGAUGCGUUUUAUACGACGGAUACAGCGGAAAUGAAGCUUGUUUCCUGCGUGUUCGAACUGGCCAGAAGCGUCGCCGAACUGAAGCUCACCGAAACCGAGUUGGCGCUCUAUAGCGCGGCUGUUCUACUUAGCCCUGAUCGACCGGGACUGAAGGGCCUGGCGGAGAUCACGAGGCUGUCGCAAGCGGUGAUCAGGGCGCUGAGGUCGGAGCUCGAUCGGAACCACGUGACGCCGAUCAAGGGCGACGUGACCGUGUGCGACGCGAUCCUCGCGAAGAUACCGCAGCUGCGGGAGAUCUCGCUGCUGCACAUGGACGCGCUGGCGAAGUUUAAGCGGUCGCAACCGCUUCUCGAGUUCCCGGCCCUCCACAAGGAGCUCUUCAGCGUCGACAGCUGAACGAGCGACGCGGCGCGGAGCGUCGUUCCGGCGCUGCCGAGCGGACAGGAACGCGAGUAGCGUCGCGGACCUUGCUCGGUCAAGAUUAUUUCCUUCGUAAUGAACGUAUUGGGCCUUAAAUAAACAUAACAUUGUUAUAUAUAAAGUAUACAUAAAGAAAAGCAACAUAAAAGUAUAUA